AAUUCUGUUUGAUUUCCCACGUCAAGUCCAUUUCACACUUCUUGUGAAAUUAGGAAUAAAUUCUGCCUUUUCCAUUUCCACCUAUAAACUCCGCCAAAAUUUUCAUCAAUCUCCAACGUUUAAUCAAUGGCUCGCGGUGAGAUCUCUGUCCCCGUCUCACUCGUGGCGGUGGUGGUUCUAGUGGUGGCCGUUGCCUUCCUGGAGGCACAGGAGGUCCCAGACUGUGUUUCCAAGCUUACAUCAUGUGUGGAUUUCCUCAAGUCCAAUAAUCCCCCGGCGACUUGCUGCGAUCCCAUCAAGGAAGCUGUGGCCACGCAGCUUCCCUGCCUUUGUAACCUGUAUACGACGCCGGGUUUGUUGAAUUCCUUCGGCGUUAAUGUCACCGAUGCUAUUCAUCUCACUAAUGCUUGCGGCGUCCCUGUUGAACUCUCCAAGUGCAAAACUGGUGCUCCGGCUCCGCAGCAGGGUGGUCCUUCACCACCGGGAGUUCCUGGAAAUCACGCAGAAAAAUUUGGGUUGACUGGAAUUACAUCUCUACUCGUAUUCUUGGCCUCUCUAGCAUUUUAUUAGGAUCUUACCAUACUCAGCCUUAUUUGAUUAAGCUAUUAUCCUAGUGAAUAACGUUGAUCAAUUUUCUUUAUAUAUUUUAGGGAUUAUAGUGAGUGUUCGAGACUUCAUGUUUGAAGCAUUUGUUAGAUUGUCUUAUAUAAUAAUAUGUUUUGUUCCUUUACCACAAUAUUUAUUUUGAUUUGAGUUAUUAUGGCCUAAUUGGCUUGCUCAUUGCCUCAUUCCAUCCCUUUCAAUAAUUUGUAAUACAAUUUUCUAUUAUAUUUGAGUUUUAAUAUUCCCUCUUCA